ACGCAUUUGACACCAGUGGGCCAAGCCUUUGAAAUGUGUAUGGGCUUGGCUGCUGGUUGUCUUCAUGAAGGGGGGAAAAUUAAAAAAAUGGAGGAGUGAUUGUGGUGGUGGUGUGGAGGUUAAGAGACAGGGGCGGACUGACAACUCAUGGGGCCCCAGUGUCCUUGCCCAAACUCAAAAAAGCCUAUGAAAAAGGUACCAGGGGUAUCUCAUGGGGCCCCCUACUGACCCCGGGCCCUCGGCAGGGCCUGAGUUUCCAAAUGGUCAGUCUGCCCCUG